CUUUUAGAGUUGGGUUUCCACUCGAGUGUCUGGUGUAUUGCGAUAAAAAUUAGCUUAUCAUAAACCGGAACAGAAAGAACAACGUUGAAUGCAGUCAUGUUUGUGUUGAGCUCCCGUGUGGCACAGCGGUAUAACGCACUGCAUCUCAGUGCGAGAGGUCGAACCUCUGGUUCGAAUCCAGGCUGAAUGAUUAGGAUGCCCAUAGGGUGGCGCACAAUUGGCCUUCAUUGUAAAUACGAAUUUGUUCUUAACUGACUUGCCUUGUUAAAUAAAUAAAGCAAUAGUAGGCUAUCGCUGCAAAACUAGUUUGACAAGUCAUAAGGGCAGUGGCGGAAUUUCAGAUAAAAUGAGCUUAUCAUAAACCGGAGCAGAAAGAACAAUGUUCACCAUAUUCCGCGUCAGUAGGCUAGUUCCCAUCGCUGCAAAACCAGUUUGACAAGUCAUAAGGGAAGUGACGGAUUUUCAGAAGUGUUUUCCUUCGCGUGUUCUACAGCUCUACUGUAACACCUCAAGUAUAACUUAUAUGUGCCAUAUAAAGUAUGAAUAGUCCGCGAAGGGACAACAAGUCUUCUCCAGUGGUUGCUCCCAGACCCAGCAGUGAGGUAGGACACUGAUUGAAUACACACACUAGAGCUGGAACGAUAAACCGAAAAGUAUCGAACAUACCGAUCACUUAUCGCAGGCAUUUUGCUGAUCUCGUUCAUUACGGAGAUGAGCAACCCAACCCCACACGGCUUGAACAAAGAGAGUGAUCCGAGCAGUAACUCACAGAGGACUGGGAUGAUGGGAGUCAUGCAGAAAGUCAACCCGUUCAAAACCACAACACAGGCCUCCUCUACAGCCAGUACAGCUACAGAUCCAGUGUCAGAGAAGACUGUGGAUGGAAAUGUCCCUGAAGCGAAACAGACCCUGGGUAUGUUUAAAGGAGUGACACAGAAAGUCAACCCAUUCAGGUCCUCUACACAGGUGAGAAAAGAGGACCCUCCAAAAGACACUGUGGAUCAGGAAAAGCUACCAGAAGGCAAACAGGUCUUCCAGAACCCUGGAAUGUUCACAGGAAUGAUGCAAAAAGUCAAUCCUUUCAAAUCUACAGCACGGGCACAGGACACUCAGUCGAUACACAGUGAUCUGUCCUCCAGUGCUGGCAGUCUGGCUGAGAACACCACAACAGAAAGACAAGUGAGAAAGGAGGACCCUUCAACAGACACAGUAGAUCACCAAGUGACAGCGAAGCUACCUGAAGCCAAGCAGAACCCUGGAAUGUUCACGGGAAUGAUGCAGAAAGUCAACCCAUUCAAAUCUACAGCCCAGAAUCAGGAUACUCAGGCCAUACACAGCAAUCUGUCUUCCAGUGCUGACAGUCUGGCUUCUACAGGAAGACAGGUGAUAAAGGAAGACCCUCCAACUGACAGUGUGGAUCACCAUGUCACAGAAAAGAUACCAGAAAGCAAACCGCAGCAGAAUCCUGGAAUGUUUAUGGGAGUGAUGCAAAAAGUCAACCCUUUCAAAUCUACAACACCGAUUCAGGACACCCAGUCCAUACACAGUGAUCUUUCCUCCAGUGCUGGCAGUCUGGUUGAGAGUAACAGUUCUGCAGGCAAACAGAACCCUGGGAUGUUCAAGGGAAUGAUGCAGAAAGUCAACCCAUUCAAAUCUACAGCACUGACCCAGGAGACUCAGCUGUCACACAGCGAUUCAUCCUCCAGUUCUGACAGUCUGAGUGACACCAACGUCUUCAGUCCUACAGAGAAUCAGACCGUGUGGUACACAGACAAUGACGCAACUUCUUCAGUGAAAAGUGGUCCUCCACCACCACAAGAAAAUAAGAAAAGGACUGGGACAUUCCGAAUCCGAAGGAUUCUCCCUGGUGCCCUGUUUGGCUAUGAAGCUAUAAAUACUGAUGCUCAGCCCACAGCCCAGGCCGGCCUAGUGGAGAUCCAGACACUGGAGAUGGCUGCAGUGCCAGUACCUAGUGAAGGAAACCUACUGGACAGUGAGGAUGUAUGUAUCACAUGUACUAUGUUGCAUUAUGAUACUUCCGAACUCACUAUGACAUUCCUUAUAUUGCAUUAUAACACUACGACACUGGAGAUGGCUGCAGUGCCAGUACCUAGUGAAGGAAACUCACUGGACAGCAAGGAUAAUGAGGAAGGUCUUAUGGAUUGGUGGCAAACAGUAGAGGGUUGGGAAACGUGGAAUGAGUCCAACACCUUUGAAGCGGAUGAAGGCGAGAUGGCAGUGGAGGCGGUGGCGGACCGUGUCUUCAUGGCGGCCCGUCUCUUUGUGAGUCUCUUCAACCAGCGCGGUGCCUCCUUACAGCAACGCAUCCUGGAGCUCCUGUCAUUGGCCGAUGCCGCCGACAGCUUCCACAAGAAGACUGUGAAGGCCAGCGUGGGGGGUGGAGUCGCCAGCGUUGCUGGGAGCAUCACCACUAUCACUGGCCUCAUCUUGGCGCCGUUCACCAUGGGAACGUCGCUCAUCGUCACGGCAGUGGGCAUCGGCGUUGCGACGGCGGGCGGGGUAGCAUCAGCCUCUGCAAAUAUUACCGAUACAGUGCACUCCAAAACAGACAGGAAGAAGGUGGAGAAGAUGAUUCAGGAUUACCAGGAGGAGAUGAAGGAUAUCAAGGAGUGUCUGGACUUUUUGCAGGUCGGUAUGGAGACCCUGGAGGAGUGGGACUUUGAUCAGUACGUGGACAGCAUCUCUAAGAAAUAUCUCAACCAGAAUGUCAAACACGUGAUGAAGGAGGGUGGCCGGGCCGGCAAGGCAUUACUAAUCAACACAGAAAGUCUGAUCAACACCGUGCAGGUUCUCAACGUGGCAGGAGGAGCGGCCAAGGCAGCCCAGGUGAUGAGUGUCACCACAGGAGUAAUGUCGGGUCUCUUCCUGGCCCUGGAUGUGUUCUUCCUGGCAAAAGACUCCAUCGAGCUCAACAAAGGAGCCAAGACGGAGUUCGCUGGGAAGAUCAGGGAAGUGUGUAAGGAUCUUCAGAAUGGACUGUUGGAGCUCAACCGCAUCAAAGAGCAACUGCAGAAAACUAUGGAUGGGAUCGAGGUGGUGGAGGAAGAAGAGGAGGAGGUGUACGAGUCUGAUCCAGAGAAACUGGCCCAGCUGGAAGAAUGAGUGAAGGAAGAGAGGGAGGGAAGGAAGUUUGGGGUUGUGAAACCGAACGCGUUUGACCAGAAAUGUUGACCAAUUUGUUUUGUUACUUAUUCCGUUACAUGCAGUAGACCUAUAAUCUGUGCUAUGUUUCAGCCAAAAAGGUGCCUAGAAUGUUUUGGCAUGGCCAAACUUUGCCAAAUUGCCACUUUAUUUUUUAGUUGAGAAUGUAGUGCCUUAUUUAAUAUAACACUGAUGGUGCCACUAGUCUUCUUAUUUCUAUAUUUUGCUGAUUUUUAUGGCUGGUUAGUAGGGGUGAGUUGGGAAUGUUGACCCAUUUUUUACAUUCAGCAUCACUAUGUAAAGCUAAAUAUAGUAUUCUUUCUAACAAAGAUAUUUACAUAUAUUUCAGGAUGUCGUGUAUCUCUGGAAAUAAUCAGAAUUCAUGUAAACAUAACACUUUUGAAACACAGCUUGUCCAAAAAAAGUGGUCACAGUUUUGGGGUAAAUUGAGCAUAGGGACACAUUUCUAACACUUUGCACUUUUUAAAAAUACUUUUAACAUAGGCUCAGGCCCUGGUUCAACCUCAUAUCCCAGUGAUAGUGCCUUGCAUUAUGCCUGGGAAGUAAACACUUCAUUUGUGGCCUAGAGGGGGAUGAACCUAACUGAGGAAGGCAUUUUUCAUCAUUUGAAUAAUUAUGACUAAUCAUACGGAUGCGAGGUGUCUUCAAAAAACUAUGCUUGUCAUGCAUAAAACUGACAAUGUAAUAAUAUUUUUUUAUGGGGUAUUUUGAUAGCCAAUGGCUCAAUUUGCCCCUGGCAACAAUUUUGACUAUAUUAGCCCACACAAGGAUGCACUUACAUGCUACUGUUGGUAUAAGACUUCGUAUUGUAGCUUAUAAAGACCCCAAAUGAUGUAUAAAACAAUCUACUUUAGUUUAGAUACAAGCAAUGGUGUAAAGUACUUAAGUAAAAAUACUUUAAAGUCCUA